CUCCCCUCUCUCCCCGUUAUGUAGAAAUGUGGUUGCUCCUUUUCUGGUUUCAGAUCGGGUGAACAACGCAAAAAGAGAUGUUCAGAGAAAUAUGUAGGUUCUCUCUCUUUAGAAUCGCCUCGCCCCCCUAAGAUAGGAAGAGAGAGUAGUUCAGUCACAGUGGAAGAUUCAGAUGGCUAGGAAUUGGGGGGUUCUAUGAUGGUGCGCAAAAGAUUAUUUACUUUGUGGAAGGGCUUCAGAAGGGACUGCAACAACCACAUCUGCUGGUGCCACAGGAGAUCAGUGUAUUCACUUCCGAAUUGGGAGUGGGGAUCGUCCGAUUCAGAUCAGGGGAUUCGUAUUUGGGGCCUCGGCCAAUUGAGGGUCCAAUUAAGAUUUUUUACACACAAUGCUCUUUCCUUAGUUUUCAAUAAAGUGAAGAGGACUUUGGAUCUUGUAAAUGAUCAAUUAGUGAAAGUGAAAGAGAGUAACGAUGGUUCGAAUGAAAGACUUGGAUUUUUGGAGGAACUCAAAUUUGGUAUUGAGAAUGGGACUCACGCUGAUAUUGCGUUGAAACCUCAAGAUGGACCUGCAGCACUUGCACACAAAGCAGUUUUGUCAUCUAGAUCUCCCAUUUUCAAAGCUAUGCUAGAAAUUGAUGAAUGUAAAGCAGUUCCCAAAGAGACUAUCUCCAUUCCUGGUAUGAAUUCCCAAGAGCUCAAAGCCUUCUUGGAAUUUCUGUAUAGACCUGAUGAGGAAUUCAGUAGACAUGCUCAUGCACUCAUGAUUGCAGCCGAUAAUUUCAGUAUCCAUUUUCUUCAAAAGCAGUGCGUGCAUCAAAUCGUUCAGACUCUUGACUCAUCAAACGCUCUUAAGGUACUGGAGCUCUCCGAGAAAUGCUCUAAUGUAACCCUCAAGGAAAUUGCCUUGAAGACCAUCGUCAUGUACCAAGAUGAGAUAUUCUUCUCUGAGAAACAUGUAAAGUUUGCUCACUCGAACACGCAGCUCUCAGUAGCGAUCACUAGGGCCCGUAUCCAAGGAUCAUAGGGCUAAAACCCACAUUUGAGGUGGAAUGUUUCAUGAUACUGGUCUAUUUUUGUCUCCAUUUCGCAUGUGCAGCGGGGGGCCUAUUCUGCAGCUGUCGUGUUCGCCUAAGACGGAGUGGCCUACGGGACCGAUACUGGCUCCAUUUUUGCAACUUUUUGACCAAUGGCCCACUUUUUUGGUUUUAGUUGUGCAGUUCAUUUUCUGGUUCCUUAUCUGUCCAGGUUUCCUCUCCCCGUUUGUUAUAUAUAGUGUGCUGUAAAGAGUGUCCUGUUUGUGUUGUGUACUACAGAGUGCCCAACUUGUGGGACCCCAUUUUUCGCUCCUCCUACCCUUUUUGCGGAUUUUUUUUUCUCCAUAGUUGCCCUUAUAUCCAGCAACGACAACACCAAACAGUAGGCCUAUUCUUAUGCAAUCACCAAGAGCUUCUGGUGUUCACAUUAUCA